GUGCAUGCAGAACAUACAGCAACACAGAGCACUGGAGCAGGAUGUGUCGCUGAGGAACAGAAAGAACAUUUGCAGUGCAGUCGGAGAAACACAUCGUAAAGGCCUGUUUAACUUACCAUCUUAUUUUUAAAACAGGCACUUCUCAACGGGACCAAAAUGGUGUGCUGUAAGUUUCUCAGCUGCAGGCAUGUUGUUCUUAAAGUUUUCCUCGUGCAAUUUUUUGUUUCCCUGCAAACUUUUGCUGCGCCCUCACCCAUCAUAAGGUUCCCAGGCGAUGAUACUUCUCGCACAGACCAAGAAGUGGCAUUGCACUAUUUGAACAAGUUCUAUGGCUGCCCAGAAGACAGGUGUAAUCUGAUGGUGUUGAAAGACACGCUAAAGAAGAUGCAAAAGUUUUUUGCUCUACCAGAAACUGGGGAGAUUGACCAGGAGACAGUAGAUAUCAUGAAGAAGCCACGAUGUGGAGUUCCUGAUGUGGCCAAUUACAAUUUCUUUCACAGGAAACCCAAGUGGGGGCAGAAGAACGUCACAUACAGGAUCUUAGGUCACACUCCAGAUCUGGAUGAAGAAACAAUUGAUGAUGCGUUCUAUCGUGCAUUUAAAGUCUGGAGUGAUGUCACACCCCUAAACUUCCACAGGAUCACAGUAGGAGAAGCUGACAUCAUGAUUAACUUUGGCCGAAAUGAACAUGGUGAUGGUUACCCAUUUGAUGGGAAAGAUGGUCUGCUGGCUCAUGCCUUUGCUCCUGGACCCGGUAUUGGAGGAGACUCUCACUUUGAUGAUGAUGAGAUGUGGACAUUAGGAGAGGGACAAGUGGUAAAGGUCAAGUAUGGUAAUGCCGAAGGGGAAUUCUGUAAGUUUCCGUUCUUGUUUAUGGGUAAGGAGUACACCAGUUGCACCUCUCAGGGUCGAGAUGAUGGAUUCCUGUGGUGCUCUACCACAUACAACUUUGACGAUGAAGGAAAAUAUGGCUUCUGUCCUCAUGAGUUGCUUUUCACAUUGGGUGGAAAUGGAGACGGAGCCCCUUGUAAGUUCCCCUUCACAUUCCAGGGAGAGAAAUAUGAUAGUUGUACUACCUCAGGCAGGGAUGAUGGGUACCGCUGGUGUGCCACCACAGAAAACUAUGACCAGGAUACGUCCUAUGGAUUCUGUCCAGAGACAGCUAUGUCGACUGUUGGAGGUAAUUCUGAGGGUGCUCCUUGUGUCUUCCCCUUUAAAUUCCUGGGCAACAAUUAUGAUUCCUGCACAACCUCUGGCCGCAGUGAUGGAAAGAUGUGGUGCGCCGUCACCAAAAGCUUUGAUGAUGAUCGCAAGUGGGGCUUCUGUCCUGACCAAGGCUAUAGUUUAUUCCUGGUGGCGGCCCAUGAGUUUGGUCAUGCUCUGGGUUUGGAACACUCUGAGGACCCUGGUGCUCUCAUGGCUCCUAUGUACACUUUUACCAAAACCCUAAGGCUGUCUGAUGAUGAUAUCAAGGGCAUCCAGGAGCUCUACGGUGUACCAACAGACAAACCAUUGCCCACUCGCUUGCCACCAGUCACUCCAAUGGACAUAUGUAAUGAGAACACCAUAUUUGAUGCUAUAGCCCAGAUCAGAGGAGAGAUUUUCUUUUUCAAAGACAGAUUCCUCUUCAGGACGCCUGCUUUCAGAAAGAAGCCCACAGGUCCUAUGCUGGUGGCGACAUUCUGGAGUGAACUUCCAGAGAAGAUUGAUGCAGCUUAUGAGAAUCCGCUGGAGGAGAAAACUGUCUUCUUUGCAGGUGAUGAGAUGUGGGUAUAUUCGGCCAGUACUCUGGAGCGAGAUUAUCCCAAGAAGAUUUCCACCAUGGGUCUUCCCUCAGAUUUACAGGGUAUUGAUGCUGCUUACUCCUUCCACAAGAGCAAAAAGACAUACCUGUUUGCUGGGAACAAGUUUUGGAGAUACAAUGAAGGCAAAAAGAAGAUGGAUCCAGGCUUCCCUAAACUUAUUGCUGAUUCUUGGAGUUCUAUCCCUGAUGACCUGGAUGCUGCCCUCAGUCUUAUUGGUGAAGGUUAUAGCUACUUCUUCAAAGAUUCCCAUUAUCUGAAAAUGGAUGACAGCAGUCUGAAAAUCGUUAAGGUUGGAGAGAUCAAAAGGGACUGGCUACACUGCUGAACGUAAACAGAACAUUCAGAUCAUGGCACUCUGUACUGACCUUCAUCAUUAGGUAAACAAGGUCAGCGGUACCUUGCCAAAUGACAUCACUCACAUUUACCAUUCUGCCCCUCUUGGUUAUUCAGAGUUUACUAGGUUAUAACCUGUUUUAGCUAACCAGAGAGGUCUGCCGGUUACCUUGACAGUCUGGAUCAUCUCUGCAUGCUAAAUAUAGGCAAACAGGGCUUUUCGUAAUUUUUGUUACGUUUGUUGUUUUAUUUCUUGUUCAUUUUUAAGUGUGUUUUAUGGUUCCUGCCCCUAACAAAUGUAACCUACAAUAUGUGUGUAUCUGAUUUUAAAGGACUGGUGACAUUACCAUUUGCAUAUAAAGGUGGCAUUAGUGUCAGUGCGAUUUUUGUUUGUUUGUUUGUUUUGUAUUAAUUUGCACAAAAUAAGUCAAUCCAAACAGUGUGUUAAAAGCACAUUUGUAAUAUUUUGAUACUAUAAAAAUUAUGUUUUACAAUGUAGCAAAUAAAAAAAUGCCUGUGUUUUAUAAGAGGACACAUUUUUAUACACAAUAAUUGUGCUGUGGAGAUAGAGACCAAAUAACUGUCAAAGCACAUCGUUCUUGUUAGUCUUGUUUCUUCUCUUGAUACAGAGAGAUUCAUGGCACGGGUUGCCUGAAGACUGUAUAGGGUUUGUUGCAUGAUGGACUCAUGUCAAGCAAGUAUCACGAGAAGACUGAUUAAUAAUCGUUUUUUACUACUUUCUCUCUUUUUGGUAGUUUUGUAAUUGACUUAUGCAAUCUGUUUAUAUUUGAUUGUUAUUUCCAUAUACUUUGUGCACUUUGUCACUAUCUGUCUUAAAAUAAAGUAUAACUAUCCUUUUAA